AUGUCGUUUGAAAUUCCAAAGACCCAACACGGAUGUGUUUUCGAUAAGAACAAUGGACCAAUUGUCUACAAGGAGAUUCCAGUUCCAGUUCCAAAGCCAAGCGAGAUCUUGAUUCACGUCUUGUUCUCCGGUGUUUGCCAUACUGAUUUGCAUGCAUGGAAGGGUGACUGGCCUCUUGCUACCAAGCUUCCUUUAGUUGGUGGUCACGAAGGUGCUGGUGUUGUUGUUGCCAAGGGUUCUGAGGUUAAGAACUUUGAGCUCGGUGAUUACGCCGGUAUAAAAUGGUUGAACGGUUCAUGUAUGGGCUGUGAAUUCUGUAUGCAAGGUGCUGAACCAAACUGUGCCAAGGCUGAUUUGUCUGGUUACACUCAUGAUGGUUCUUUCCAGGAGUAUGCUACUGCUGAUGCCGUUCAGGCCCCUCACAUCAAGAAGGGUACUCCAUUGGAUGCUGUCGCUCCAGUUCUAUGUGCCGGUGUUACUGUCUACAAGGCUUUGAAGACUGCCGACUUGAAGGCUGGUCAGUGGGUUGCCAUUUCUGGUGCCGCUGGUGGUUUAGGUUCUUUGGCCAUCCAAUACGCUAAGGCCAUGGGUUUGAGACCUCUUGCUAUUGAUGGUGGUGAAGAGAAGGGUAAGCUUUGUAAGGAAUUGGGUGCCGAGGUCUACGUUGACUUCCUCAAGUCCAAGGAUAUUGUCAAGGAUGUUAUUGCCGCUACUGACGGUGGACCACAUGGUGUUAUCAACGUUUCUGUCUCUGAGAAGGCUAUUUCUCAGUCUACUGAGUACGUCAGAACUUUGGGUAAGGUUGUUUUGGUUGGAUUACCAGCUCAUUCUUACUGCAAGUCUGAGGUGUUCAGUCAGGUCGUCAAGUCCGUUGAAAUCAAGGGAUCUUAUGUCGGUAACAGAGAGGAUACUGCUGAAGCCUUGGACUUCUUCGAGAGAGGUCUUGUCAAGUCUCCAUUCAAGGUUGUUGGAUUGUCUGAGUUGCCUCGUGUGUUCAAGUUGAUGGCCGAGGGUAAGAUUUUGGGAAGAUACGUUUUGGAUACUUCCAAAUGA